AUGAAAGAGGUAUUGAGCCACAAAAUGGAAGAAAACACCCCUUCAGUUAGCCUUAUAUCAUGUAUGCAUUUUGUACGUCGUGGUGUAGCUAAACCUGUGCCGGAAAAGAUUGAAUUAACUGAAAAAGAACUUGAAAAGAUUAUUAAACAGACUGCUGAUGAUUUAAGAUUGACAGAAAAAGCAGAACUAGGCGAAGAUGAUAGUGAGUCUGAGACAAAUGAAGAUAAUGUUGCACCAGAGCCUGCAGACCCGAAUGAUGAAUUCAACUUUGAAAAAUAUGAUGAAGAAGAUAAUAGUAGCAAUCCAAUUGGUCUGGGAACAAUUGCAACAUUACCUAAUCUCGGGGAUCUAAGUGAAAAUGUGCAGAUUAGGACCGAAGGACCCGAUAGUGACGAGGAAGAUGAUAUCAUUAAGCCUGAUGAUAACCUCCUAUUAGUCGGCCAUGUAGAAAGUGACGCCAGUAUCCUAGAAGUCUAUGUGUUCAACAAAACCGAAGGCUCUUUUUACGUCCAUCAUGAUAUAAUUCUACCUUGGUUCCCGCUAUGCAUAGAGUGGUUGAGCCACGAUCCGUCGGAUCCGCAAGCAGGUAAUCUUUGUGCUUUGGGCGGCAUGGAUCCAGUCAUACAAGUUUGGGAUUUAGACAUCGAGAACUGCCUCGAACCGGCCUUCAAACUUGGUAAGAAACCCAAUAAAAGGAAGAAGACAAAUCGUGUUGGCCAUAAAGAUGCCGUCUUGGAUCUAUCUUGGAAUAGGAAUUUUGAACAUGUACUCGCCAGUGGUUCAGCAGACAAUACGGUUCUAUUAUGGGACUUAGACCAGGGCGAACCGCACACCAAACUCGACUAUUUUCAAGAUAAGGUACAAUCCAUCUGUUUCCACCCGCUAGAAGCACAGACACUGUUAAGCGGCGCAUGCGACGGUCAAGCGCGAGUAACAGACUGCAGAACGCCAACUGCCCACCGCGCCUGGCACCUCGCGCCCGAGAUAGAGCGCGUGGUCUGGGACAGGCACAACCCGUUCUGCUUUGCAAUGAGCAAUAACACUGGUAAAGUGGCGUAUGUGGACUGCAGACAGGAUGAGCCUCUGUGGACCAUAGAUGCACACGAAAAGGAAGUCACAGGACUCGUUCUGAGUGACAACAUUGCUGGACUGAUGAUGACUCUCGGAACCGAUUCUAAACUGAAAACAUGGGAUAUAUCCAGCUCCGAGGCUAUCCAAGUAAGUGAGCGCACUUGCCGCGUCGGACAGGCCCUAUGUGCAGCCGUCUGCCCAGAUGAGCCAUUUUCUCUUGCGGUUGGAGGAGACAAUAAGGAAUGUUGCAUCGAGAUGCUCGAUCUCACAGUCAGCGAACAAGUUAUGAACCGCUUUGGAUCACGCCCUCGAAUACCAAUCCCAUCAGAAGAAGCUAUGGAAUCAUAG